AUGGCGCCAUCCACGCCCAGAUUUUUGUUCGGCUCGUCUGGCCCUGCACCCCAGUUUGCUGCGGCUCCUCGUUUUGUGUUCCAGAUGCGACGGGACGGGGCGGAUGAAGAGAUUGAGGAGUCUGAAGGCAACGAUUUUCUAGAAAACCCUUACGGUCUUAAUUCAGACUUUGACGUAAAUAAUGUGUCUUGGGAUGGCGAAGACGUUGAUAACCACGGCCUCCUUAUUACUAGUUCUCCCAGUCGACAUCGAAGUAAACGUCGUCGAGUCUUAAUUCCUUCGGAAGGAGUUGUGGAUGAGACGACUUCCAAAGGAGAAUUUGACCGAAUAUCCCCUUCCCUUUCACCGCCCCGAGACUUAUCUAUGUAUACAAUGGCGACGCCGCGACCCGCUGCAAAUACUAACGACCUAGCAUCUCCAACACUUCGCCGCAUGACUCCGACCCCGAAUCUGCCAGCUAUCCCCGGUAGCACUCCUCAAAUGUCUACUUCCCAAAAGCCGAGGUUCCUGUUCAACUCUAAUUCGCAAAGCCAACCCACAGCUGGACCAACUGCGACACAAUUGCAAAGGCCUCUAUUCAAAAUACCGCGCACUCCUUCUCGACCAAGUGCGCCGAGUGACAUGUCUCUUUUGACGAGUCCCGCCACGUUUCCAUAUGCAAAACGCCGCUCGAAAGCUGGAACACACAAUUUCCUUUCCGGCGGUAUCGCAUCCGAAGUUCGCGGUUGGCUGCUAGAGCUAGGUGCUAAAAAACAAGUAUUCCAAGAUCUCCCGCCUUCAUCCUCAUCAAAAUCAACACAGAGCUCGAUUGAUCGAGGCAAAAUUGAUUACCACUUGGUCGGUGAAGUUAACCAAGUAGGUGUGUCAAAUGCUCGUUUCACACGCAAAAGUCAAACUUCUAAGCCGGGGUAUUCAUCUCUCUUCACCGCUGUCAUUCUCUCCCCAGAAAGACUGCAUGAGCUAUCGCUGCCGCCGCGGCAGCAGCUUCUUCUCUUUGGCGUUCCCACUCUUGGGUCAGGCCCAAUCAAAAAAGGAGUUUUUAUUGGGAUCCAGCCUGGUCUUGUUUGGGAAAUGAAUAUGGAACCUCACCUUUCCCAAAAUUUAAUGAAUCCCAGCCCGACUCCUACGCAAGGUGAUAGUGGAACGGAACAAGGGGCAAUGAGUAGGAAGUGGCUAGUUAGCGUGGAAUGGGACAUUUUAUUGACCAGGCCUGGGGGAAGGGAUAUAUGA